AGGCUGCUAAUGUCAAUGGCGGGCAGUAUUUGACAUUUGUGACAGAUGAACGUGGAAGUUUUAGCUCGCGUUCGGCCUCCAAAACGGGGAGAGAACUUUUCUCUCAAUCUUUCUGGGACUCGUGUACAAGCAGGCGAUGGAACUGGUCACAUUUUCAGUGCGGUACACAAGUCUGAGUCACUGACUUACGAUAUAUUUAGAGAUGCAUUUUCCUCCCUUGUGGACCUCUUGGUUUCUGGUUACAAUGUCUGUGUACUGGUUUUUGGCGAAACAGGCUCGGGAAAGUCUUACUCUGUUGCCGGAGAGAAAACUUCAAAGGCAGGAUUAGUUCCUUUGAUGAUAAACGCCGUGUUCACGCGAAUAAAAAAUGAGAGAUCGGCAAGAAGAGAUUUAAGGGUGCAAAGAAAUGACCUUAACGACGGAGUUGUUUACGUGCAGUUAUACGAAGUUUACAAUGAGAAAGUAAGAGAUCUCCUUGUGCUUCCUCAUGAGGGUAAGUGCUGAAAUCUUAGUGAUGUCUGAUGAUCUGAAGGCUCUUGCAGCGUGAAAGAUUUGCAGCCCAGAAGUAGUUGACUGGGUUAAGUGAUACAGUGGUCCAACUCUUCGCUUAUGAACCUCUUGACCACCAGAGUGGGGUUGGAGAAGGAAAUUAUAACUUCCAUUUCCCACCCCUUCCCUCCACCAACACAGUUACCCACAUAUACUCUAAGUUAAGACCAAAUCCACCCUGAUGGGUAAUCCCUUUAGUGGAUAAUCCUGACCAGCACUGGUAUUUAACGGCAGCAGAGUUACCGGUAGCUCAGUCAGUAGAGCGCUUGACUCCAGAGCAGGAGGUCGUGUGUUCCCAGGGCUGGACCGACACUCAGUGUCUUAAAAUAGCCUAGAAAUGAAAUGAAGGUACUCCCUUUGCACUGCAAGCAGCUAGACCUUCGUCUGGCACGGAUGACCACUUAAAAUGGCAGUCCCAUCUCCAGUUGGUGACGUAAAAAUAGUGUCCCCAAUUAGUACUUUAUUGCUAAAUACUCUGACAAUGAAAUUAAGUGCCUUUUUGUAUGAUCAAGUUAGAUUGUAAAAGACCCUGGUUAGCUUUUCUCAAAAGACCCGGAAACAUUUCAGACCCAUAACAGGCUGGAAAGCUGUUAUGCUUGUAUUCAAGAAGUAGCCUGUAAAAACAGCUGACAUUUAAAUGUGCUUUCACUGGUUCCCUUGUGAGCUGGAAGAACUAGUGGUGACAUUGUGAAGUGUCUGCUGUUUACUCAGGCUACCAAGAAAGAGGUUCAAGUAGUUUUGUAGACAUCCUUGCAUAAUUAUUAUAAUACCGGUAAGAUGUAGACUUUGAUGUGAAUAUUUGAUGUUGGUCCCGAAAGUUCACCAAGACAGGCCCCCGUGAACUGAGUGAGAUUUCUUACACCUUAGCCUAGCACUUGGUUACCGGGAACUUUGACUCAUAAAUACUGUAAAAUGCAGUGUUAAAUGUGGUCUAGUACAGGCUUAAGUUUCUCAGGAUCCCAUGGGAUGGCACACACACCCACAUCAGCCCAGUGAAAAUGUCACUCAGUAGUAGGCAAGGUAACUGCUGUAGUUGGCAGAAAGGGCUUCUGAUUGUGUAGAUCUCACUUAGCAUUAUCAAGUUUGCAACUGUAAGUAUUGAUCUUCACGAUGAUCCACAAAAUUGAUUGAGUAGCUGUUUUUUCCUCUGAAUCAGAUUUUAUACAAAUUACAUGUAAAGCUGAAGAAUUAGUGUGCAGAAUACCUGUAACUUUACCUUGUGUUCUAUCAAUGCACUUUCUUUGGAACUUCAGGUGGCUUAUUAAUCAACAUUAUUUUUAAUAAUUUUUCCAGAAAGACACAUUGAUGUACAUGAGGAUGGACGAAAUGGAGUCUAUUUGCAAAAUGCUACUUAUAAGAGAACUGCUGAUGCUGCAGAAUGCACCAGCUUGUUUCGUCAAGGAUGGGCAAACAGAACAAAAGGGCCGAUUGAUUAUGAAACUAGGGCUGCUGUGUUCUUUUCUCUUGACCUUUCUAUGGUAAGGAUAGCAGCAAAAUGGAUAGCAAGAUCUGUGUAACUGUAAAGCAUAAUAUGACAAUAAGAAGGUGUGCUUCAGUAGAUGUGUUGAACUUUGCAGAUCAAAGACUGCAAAUCCUUAGCUGUACGUGUAAAUAUGAUAAUUAUAUAACCAGGUAUAAAAAGGCACAUUAAUUUGUAGUACAUGAAAUUUUAAAUUGAUCAGGGAAAAAUAUUUCCAAGACACUUUCUAAACCUCCUCAAUGCAAUCCAACAUCCUAGCCCUGUGUUAAUUAGUUAGAACAGGAUACUGGUUCCUGGAUUCCAGAUUCUGUAGCAGCAUGAGAUCUAGUGCUGGCAAGUACUUGACUUGUAUAUACAUGUAGGCUUGGAAGGACAGAGCUCUGGAGUGUUUAAAAAUUGAUACUUUCCAACUACGAUUGUUGCUGCUUAAUAGAAGACUAUUAUGACCUCUCAAGGAGCCAUCUGAAUAACUUUGGCUUUGCCGCACUAGCACCAAGUUCAUUCCUUCUAAGCAACACAAUUUUUACACUGCACUGGACUGAGGUCAGAAUCGGGGAUAGGAAUGUUUUGUGUUGUUUCAGCACAUUUAUCCUUAGUGGUACUCCCCUAUGAUGGGUUUCUGUUUGAGUUCUCCACUUCCAGUCUAUCUUCUAUAAUUAAUGAUCAUAAAACAUUCAGCUGUAGACAUAGUUUUGACUGACCCUCAGUUGGUUGGGUAUGUAAUUAUUCACUUUAUUCCAAAGCCACACAAUGGUGUCUGGUGACACUAUAAUUAUGUGUGGCAAAGUAUAAACUGUUAUUAAAAUAAAAAAAAAAGGUAUACAGUAUUUUUUUAUUAUUUUACUAUACAGAUUCCAAAAGAUAGUCAGGAUCCUUUCACUUCUCGGUUUCUAGUGGUUGACCUGCCUGGUGCAGAGAAGCUGUCUGAAGACCCAACCCAACUUCGAAUGAGAGAAGGCCCUACACUAAACAGAUCUAUUGUUGCAUUUGGAAAUCUUGUAGCAAAACUAGCAGCCUCACCAAAGUCCACCAGGGUAAUAAAUUAUGGGUAAGUUUAAAAAACCAUACAGUUUAUAUUAAAUUGUACUUUUAGGGCAAAAUUUUUGAAAUUGCAGAAUAAUCUACAUUGUACAUGUACAUUGUGUAACUAUGCUGAUGCUUCACCCUGCUAGUAGUAGCUGUGCAUGUAGUCUUAUGAAGUCAAGUUAGUGAUGUUAACAGUUGCUGUGGCCUUAAGUCAAGCAUUCUACUAUUGCAAUAUUAAUAAAAUUAAUAAUAUAAAUAAUAAUAACAAUAAUAAUAAUAAUCAUAAUAAUCAUAAUAAUAAUCAUAAUAAAACUGGCAUCUCUUUAAUUGUUUUCUCAUAAAACUUUCCUUCCCAGUAGAUGCUAAAGUAAAAAUGUCAAGAAGUCCAGAUUUCGUUUUGCAAAAUCCUAAGUUUAUUACAAUGUAUGGUACGCCAUACAUAAUGUUCUUUGCAACGUUUCUAUCAGAGGUUUUCAUUUGAAUGGUAACACUAUCAGACUUUAUCCUCAGAUGAAAAAGAGUAAACGUAUCAUCAAUUCUCACUAUGACUUGUAAGUAAAAGGAUUGAUUCCAACAGACAUUGUAUUAUUAUAAUACAAUUUAUUUUCUAAGUACUAUUUUGAAAUUAGUAUCAUUUUAUGUGUCAGGGAAUCCAAGGUCACAUUAUUAUUGAAGGAUGCUCUUGGUGGAAACUGUAAAACUAAAGCGCUUGUUACCCUACACCCUUCUGAUACAUUGGGGCUUGCCAGUGUCCUCAGAACAGCAGGGCAACUUGCACAAGUUCAAAACUAUCCAAUUGUAAAUGACUUCAUGGCUAAGGUACUCUAUAUAAGUGAUAUGUUUAUUUGUUUAUUAAUUUUUUAGAUACAGGGGUUAACACCCAAAUUAAUAUAACCCUUCCCUUUACAGUAUAUUCCCCUAAGGCUUGAUGCUUUUGAGUGAGUGCAGGGAUCUAUAUAUUAGAGAUAACAGACUGCUGAUAUUUUCUGUGAUCAUAUAAGUAAAAGCCAAAGAGAGUUAUAUACGUGGAAAUUUGAAAAGAAAUCCAUGAUAUCCUUGUGAAAAAACCUAAUACUUGGACAAUACAGAGCAUCUCCAUGGAGAAAAUCAUAGUGUAAAUGUUUCGUUGACCCUUGGAAGUGUUGUAUAACUUUCUUUUUUUUUUAAUUUGAUCUAGUAAAGAAUGGAGCUUAAUCUGUUAAAUACUGUAGCUGCUCUUAAUACAAUGUAGUUUCUAUGUGUACCUUGAAAUUUAUGCAUUGUUUAAAUUUUAGCUGGAGUAGUUUGGAAUUCUAGAGGAAUGCCAGCAGUAAUACAGGGCACGAUCCAUUCAACCAAAAUUCAGACCGGUCCGACCAGGAAAAGAGGACCACCUCAAAAGGUGGACCAGUUUUUUCCAAACUUUUCCGGUUGGACCGAACAGAUCCAUUGAGUUUUGGACCGAAAUUUCCGGAAAUUUUGGUUGAAUGGAUUGCGCCCACAGUGUACUAAUUUCUUCCAAUGUAAUUCUGGUGAGAGUACUGGAACAAAUUUAACUUAUUAUGUACUGAUAUAUUGGCAUGGAUCCAUGUACAGGAGCUUUUGUGCCAGUUUAGAUCGCUGAUCAUGAAACUUGAAGAUGAUGCAAGGCUAACAGGAGGAUCAAAGAAUAUGGCAUCAGGAGAGCAUCAAACCAGGGCACAAGAGCUGAAGAACCAAAUGGCACAACUGACCCAGGAAAAUGUAAUCAUCUCCUAAUACUAGAAACUAAAACGAUAUUGUUAGCCUGCAAGCAAGCUCUCCAUUUGGAGAAUAUCGUCGCAUUCUCUCGUGUCUUGCAUCGCUCUCCUAAACAGGAGAGCUUGCUCGCAGGCUACAAUAUUGUUAAUUUUCAGCACAGUCAUUCUUACAUGGAGAGUAUUCAUUAUGUAGAGCUAGCAGAGCAGUUAAUUUUUUUACUGACCACAAGAUACAACAAUGUAUUUCAUCCACACCAGAAAAUUGUCUUAAGUUACAGCUUCAUAAAAAUGUAGGAACCCAGGUUUGCAUAUUUUUAAUAAUUUUUUUUCACCUCAAAAUUGUUCUUGAUCAGAAAAAAAAAAGUUUUGGUGGAUUAACUGUGGCUCAGAAAAGUGGGUAAUUUACAGCUAAUGUAUAUUGUUACCACGUCUUAUGUUUUAGUUUCAGCUGCAGGAGAAGAAUGAACAGCUGUAUACAAGGUUGGAAGAGAUGCAGACAAGAUACAGUGAACUUAUGAAUUCCAAGACUCAGCUGUCCUCAAAACUGAUCACCAGUGAAGAAGAAAAGCUACGGGUUAGUCUUGUUGUAACAAGACAUUAAUAAAUAAAAUAGAUAAAAUAAAUAAAUAUUUACAGGCAGCUCAUCCACUUAGUGGUUCUUCAUCCUCUAUUCCUGUUCAAAUUGGAAACGUUUUUUGUUGCUGAAUUUUGCUAGAUGUCUAAAGUAGAUCCUCUCAUCCACUUGAAUACCAGGGGUCCCAAAGAAACAGGGAUUUUGUUGCACUUGGUGUUUUCAGCACCAAUAAAAUUUGGUAGGAAAAAAUCCACAGCUGCAUGUAUGUCCCUGCAGUUGGAGGAUGUCAUAGAAUUGUAUUACUUAACCCGGAAAGCAGAGACGAACAAUUUAUGGUAAAUAGCUACAAGUAAACAAAACAACUGAGACAGUGGAAUUAGUGUGUAGGAGAGUGAAGUGGUCCACUAUCUAUUUCACGAUUUAAAGGAUGAUCACUCUAAGGGGUUUUUGAUUGUACUACACUUUAAUUAAGUCCAUAGCUUUUUUUCACCAAACAGAUUUGUUUUUCAUUCAUUUUGUUAAGCAAUAGCUUUCUAAUUUUUGUGAUUACCCUAAUAAACAUGGACAUCUAGAUCUUACAUUGUAGCCAAGUGCACAUUUUUGUGUGAGGCAAGCAAGUUUCACCACCAAGCCUUGUUUUGAAAUAAUGAGGAUUUGUAGAGGUUUAAAUGAAUUCCCAGAGCGUACGUGUUUGCACAAAGAAAGCAUUACGAAGGAAUCUGUUUUAACACAGGGGUCUUGGUGGUAAAAUUAUUUUGCUUGUUGCGUAUAAAUUUUGUGUAAGGCGUAUUCUUAAGGAGAAACUGCUUGAAGAUUGAUUUUGAUUGAUUUUAUUUUUCUAUUUAAAAACGUUUUGCCACUCUGGUGGUUUUUGUAAUUUUUUAUUGUCAUCAGAUCUCAAAGACCUUGGUUGAUGUUCAGUUAGAAAACAACCGAAUCCAGGAGGACGCAGAAGCAACAAAUUUUGAUCUUGGUAACAAGGUAUCAGUUGUACAAUUAUCUCUGUCUGCGUUUCAAAUGAUGGCUCAUAUGCACGAAUGCUUUUGUUAGCCACAACGAGAAUGUAGAAGGAAAUUUAAUAUAGUUGACAAAAAGGGAAAUACGUUUGUUGAGACAACUGUCUCGUUUCUGGUUUAGCUUUAGGUAAACUGAGUCUGUCAGUUGAAGAAAAAAACAUUGCGAGGCUAUGUUCAGUACACUAAAAUCUUCAAACUUCUCUGUGAAUAUAGUCUGCGUAGCUGGCGUCUUUUUUUUGUUUUUUCUCUUUCUGUUUCGACCUCGGUACACCUUUCGAGAGGCUGUAACUCUUACUUUGCGAACCACAAAAAAAAAACACAUCAAAAACGACCAGCUACGCAGGCUAGUGUGAAUAGAGCGAAAUACUGAACGGUCCCGUGUGAACGAAGUGUUCGGUCAAAUUUGUCAGCCGUUCAAAAAUUCGUCCGGUGCCGUGUGAGCGCAGCCUCACUAAAUUGGUACAGAAUGAAAAAGUCCUCGUUAGAAAUAUAAGGAAUCAACAUGGUUUGAUGUAUAAAAAGGAGGAGAGCAUCUUUCCCAGAAAAUUUCAGUACCCUGAAUUUAUGUGAGUAAUAUUAGUUGACAAAAUUGGCUCAAAAUAGGACGCAACUGAAAAAAAAAAUUAGAGUUAAGGUGCUUUCCCGAGUUUUCGGUAGAGAAAAUAACUAAAACCUGCAUUCUGGAACCUGCAGAAAGGAAAGUUGCCAGGAAAGGUUUUCUAGCCUACAAAAAUGUGAGUAGUAUUAAUUGCACUGAAUUAUCCUAUAAACUGGAACUUAAGGUAGUUGUCUAGUCGAGAGUAUUUAUUUGAAAGAGGAAGCGACCAAACCGUUUGUUGAACAGAAAUGUCAGUAGUAUUAAUCGUCACAACUCGGCCCAAAAUGGGAAGUUACUGGGAAAGAUUGUGUUGAAGCAGUGCCCAGUACUUGUGAGACAAAUAAUUUAAACCGAUACAUUUACGCUAGAGCGAUUUUGGUGUGACGUUGAAAAAUGGUUUCGGUAAGUGUUCCUCAUUUGUUUUAUCAGCCAAUGGAUGAAAAGGUCAAAACGUUGACUCUUUAUUUUCCCGCCAGAGAAAACCCUAAUAUGGAGAUGGCAUUGUUCGAUUGGCCAAUUGUGUUGCAGUAUGACAUAACAGGGAAGCACCGAUUGAUUUCUAGAAAGGUCUCAGGCAGGAACCUUUUUCAGCCGAGCGUUCGCUUAACCAACCAAAAACCUCGCGCGUUUAUAUCCGUUCGAUAAACCAAUCAAAUCGCUCUAUUUCCGUUCGUUUGUUGUUUCUGUAUUGUUCGCACGUUGUCAUUUCAAGGUCAUACGAAAAUCCCUCUAUUGCAAGGAACUUUAAAAAGGUCAGUAGUAUACAAUGCAUGGAAUUUCGCCAGAAAGGGAAGGAAGUACAGAAAACCGUCCCCCAACCCCUAAGAAGGUUUGAUACUUAUCCCUAGACUAGACUCGGUAAGGUUGAAACCAAGACGGCCGCCUGUAAGGGUAGGUGCUUGAUCCUGACGAUCUUACGGAAAUUUAAGAAAAUGUCAGUGAACAGUCUACAAUUCCAAUGAAACCUCAUUUAGUCCUGAAGUACUCUUGCCUGAUGCCGGUUAUUUUUCACAAUAUUAAAAAAGUGCUAGCUCUACAACAGGUCUAAAUCUGUGUGUGGCCAGCACAUGCGGUGUCUAAAGUACUAAACCCACCAACAAAGUUACUACCACAUUUUACAAGGCCAGAAUUUUUAUUUUUGUAGGUACUUGCUCUUGAAAAUAACGUCAUGGAGUUGCAGAUGUUUUUGGAUAAUGCCCAGGCGGACCUGGCAACAGCCAGAGAGCAACUGGACAGCAUGGAAACAGAACAUAAAGAACUAGCAAAUGAAUACAUUGCUUUAAAAACCAGCCAUGUUCAGCUGACGGCUGAUUUCCAGAAAGAGGUAGGCACCCCAACAACUUUUUGCGCAGUACUUUGUUUUAACUUUGUACUGAAUUCUCAGAUUUUCAUGACCAGCGUGACAGACAUGUCCACGACAGUCUACAACGUGAAACAUAAUGUUUUUGUCUUUUAAAGGUGGCUAAAAAUGAAGAACUCGGGCUGGAACUCGUCACCUUACUUAACACCAAGGAAAAGCUGCAACAUGACAAAGAAGCUGUGGAACUUGAAAAAAUGCAGGUAAAUAUAUCAAAUGAUGCACUUUUAUGAUUUACAGUAAGGCUCCAAAUUCUGAUGAGUGCUUAUGUGUAAAGCCCUGGCUAAACGUAUAUGCUCACGUUUUAGCAAUAUUUCUAAUGCAGUUAAAUGAAAUUUAACACACGAUUUAGCAAAGACGACGCGAUGAAAGCGACGACGUCGCACCGAAUCUUACAACCGACGUUACCGAGACUUGGUUAAUAGCAAAACGCGUUCUCAUUUGAUGUUACGUUGCUUUUGCCAUAUCCGGCGUCAAUUGUUUUGACACAUGGCGCGUCCUAUGUAGUCGUCCAAUUGGGAGUUAUAACGGAAGUGGACUUGUGCAAUGGAUUUUUUUCAAGUUUUCGAGCAAAUCGCCUCUAUAAGAGAAAAGACACUUCGCAAUAUAAAUUUGGUGAAAUACCUCACAUUUAGCUGACGUGCGCCACUCAUUAACGCGUUUGUUUAUUAAGCUCCCUCAUAUUCAAAUGAGGUCUCCUUCUGCAUGUAACAGCACAACAACAACUGACCGAAUCAGACAAUCAAAUUUCGUUUGGAGUUUCUUUCUUUCUCCCUUUCUCUCAUUUAUUUAUUUAUUUAUUUAUUUAUUAUUCUGAAGUUAGAACUUUACUCUUGCAACUGAGAAAGAACCCUAAGUUUUGAUUUUUUUCACGGGAAUCGUUUUAACUGUACUUUUAAUGACGUUCAGUCAAUUUGAUUGAGGUCAAAGGUAUGAAAUGAGUGAAUUAUAACGUCAUCCAGCUAACGCGUAUUCGAUCCUUCACUAACCCAGUUAUUUUCCCUUCAAGGUUUUUGUCUGUCUAUUCAUGGUUCAGUCCCUAGAGAGCAAAGUCUUCUCUGAGGGGUUACACUACUACACUACACUAUUACACUACUAAGGUGAUCACACACGAGACGAUUUGCCACGACGAUAUUUAGAGCACCAAUUUUAGCACUAUUUUGUAUCCUCGGAAACUCAGGGGCGGUCAGUCGGGUCGGAAGAAAACGCGGCGAAAGUUUUCAAUUUUUUUUUACACCCGACUGACCACCCCUGGGUCUCCAAGGAUGCGCUUUUAAAGACAAAGACUAAACGCGUAGGUGGUAAAUUGUAGGACACAUUUCUAUCAGAUCUGCUGUUUUUCACCAUUUUGACUAGUUUAUGUAUUCAAAUGUCUGCCAGGUUAUUGUUUUGAGGACGUUUGCGACCGAACAGUUGUUUUUCCCCAUUUUGGUCACAUUUCCACUAACUGCUUACGUAACAUCUUUCCUCAGGAGUACUAUGAUCAACUGAGAAGAAUAGCCAGCAAAUUUUCCAGAGGUUCUUUACGCGAAAAGGUAAGCUGGCUGUAACUAAGCAUCCCGUUUUUACACCAGUCGACGUCUCAUACGUUAAUUGCGCUUAUUAACGUUUCUAACAUGAAAACCGCCAUUAUGUAUCACUUGGGGUUAAAGUCCACACAAAAUAUACCUAGCAGUGAAAUUGGUUUUGGAGAUAAAUACCGUAAAUGACCUAAUAAACGCCCACUUCCAGAUAAACGCCUCUUAACGAAUAGACAUCCCCUCCACACGCUGUUAAAAUUGUGUUAGUCGCCCCUCUCUAAUAAACGCCCCUUGUCUAACAGACGCACCCUAUGACAGUUACUCCAAAAUAGUAGGAAUUAGCAAAAGGGAGCAAACCCUUUUCUUGCUUGAUUAACAAGGCUCUGCGUAUUUCAUCUUCCUCAAUGUCACGUUCAAAGUAAGGAUAGACUAACGAUGGCAACACAAUAAUCCUGAGCGAGGACUCUGACAUCGUUGGUGGGAUUUGAAAGAGCGAUAUGGAUCUCUAGAUGGUCUAGACGUAUCAAUUGUUGGAGUGGAUAUUCCGCUAUUAAUUAUUUUUUGAACUCUCUCGAUAUUUAAUAUAUUUGCCAAAAGCAUAUUAGUUUUGUUGAGGUUGUUGCAGUUAUAAGAAUAAAUACCCUUCUCUUUUAAACGCCUCCUAACUAUCAACCGCCCCCGCUUGGACCCCUAAAAUUAAAUAGACCCCCCGUGGCGUUUAUUAGGUAAUUUGCGGUAUUCUCUACACCAAAAACGGUUUUUGAGAACUGAUACCCGAAAUCCGUUGAUCGCGAGGGCUUCGUUGGCUGUUAGUUGAAGGUUGGGCCGGGUUGUUCAAAGCAGUGUUAAGUUAACCUAGGGUUAGUGCGAAACUUGAAUUCAGAUAUCAAAGUUUACAAAGAAAGAUCAGUUUUAUUGUCUUUCUCUACAGUUUGAUGGUUGGAUGGCCUAAAAAGAAUAGAGAAAAUAAUUCCAGAAAAUUCUUUUGAACAAAAGAAAAAGAAACCGGGGUUAAAAUUUAAGCCUGGGUUAGCGCUAAUCGGCCUUCGAACAACUGGGCCCAGACACCAGUUAGUCUCACUAGUGCAUGUGGGGAAUACCGUGGGGAAAGUGAAUGCAAUUAAAUUAGUGUUUGUAUAAUGUAGGAUGACUUGUCCAGAAGUGUGCUAAACUUACAGUCAGAAAAACUUGAACUGGAAAAACAGGUAUAGUGGACAAACAAUUUUAUAUGGACUUUAGUUUUUCUCCUUUGGUCAUGCGGGCAGUAGCCUCCCACGCAGACAUUUUCAGGGCUUCGUCACGCGUCUCGUUAUGCUAUGCGGGCAACAUCUCUGAACAGUAAUAUACUUACAACAGACAGUUGUAACGUACAUGAUUUGGAUGUAAAAACGGCCAUUACCAUAAGCAUUUUCACGGAGGUUAGACAGGGUCGCAGAACAAGCUCGGGUCCCUUUACAUGUACUUAAAACGACACAAGAAUACAAAGCACUGCAUAGUUUAGUUUAUUGCUCCCACCAAAAAAAACAACAACAACAAGAUAAGGCGAUUUUUUCCGGUGUUCACAUUUCCGUGUGAACCCUAUUAGUCGUUCCGUUACGUAAUAUUACUCGAUGUUUCACCAAGCGCUUCUGCCAUUACAAAAUCUCAGUGAAUUUAUUGUGAUAUGUUUUUAAUAUUGUUUACUGACUGUUAUCUUCACAUUAAUGCAGAGAAAAAAAAACCUGAAAUUAAAAUUGACAGCUCAAAAAGUGGCCAAUUUUGUUUGGUAUUGUGAAUGUUAAGGUCUACGUUUGAUUUUAACUUGAGCUCUCGUUCUUAUUUAGUUACUUCAAAACACUCAACAACGUGAAGGCAGAGUUGAAGUGCUAAGAGGACAGCAUCAAAGAGAAUUAGUCAAGCUCGAAGAUAGAAUGUAAGGCUCGAAACAGACACCGAAGUUUACAUGAGCCGAGCCUAAUUCGAAUUAAGGUUGACCUAAAUUAUUUAGACCGACUGGACUGACUUAGGGGCUGUUUGCAUGGAGGUUGGAAGAUCCUAGAAGAUGGAAUAACUUUACUUUGGGUUUACGUGCAGAAAUUUCGGCCCGUGAGUUGUCUAAGUAGAGAAGGUUAGAGAGGGAAUUAAGAAUGGCGGACGCAAAAUCAAAAAUGCAAAUUGGGUCCUUCUGCUCUCUUUACUGGCGUAAAUCACUACCUUUCAGCUGAAUUAACACAAUAAUCUGCUCGUGGAUUAACUCCAAACGAAAUGGUCGGCCUUUACUGCCGUAAUUAGCCACUGAACGACCCGCCGACAUUUUUGUCGCGUUUGUCCCUAGUACUAGGAUCUUCAUAGCGAAAGCAGAUUGCAUGGUCCUAGGAUCUUCCUAGAGCUAGGAUCUUCCUACCUCUCAGCUAGGAAGAUCCUAGUACUAGGAAGAUCCUAGCGCUAGGGACAAGUACAACCCUUUGCAUGUAAACUGAAUACAGAAAAUAUAUGGCGCUAGGAUGAUCCGCCCUCUAGGAUCUUCCUUGUACUAAGAUCUCCCUCCCAUCAUGUAAACAGCCCGUUAGACGUCGAUCUUAAUUCAGCCGAACCAAACUCAAAAGGAGAAAAAUGUUCACUUAAGGUGGCUCGACUGGAUUUUUUGGGGGGAAUACCUCCCACGUUUGAGCAUUAACUACGUCGGCAUGAGUAAAGAUAUGGGAAAAAGGUUACCACAACUGUAUUAUAUAAAGAUGACAAUUUCUUAUGAUCUGGGUUUUAUUGCAAUCGGAGUCCCCAUGGCAACGUAAUGACGCCAUUACGCUUUUUAUUUAUCUUUGUGUUUCUCUGUACCAGGAGUGUUUUGAAGAAAUCGCUUAGCGGAGUAUGUACCUGCCAUAAUUGCCUCCAUUAUGGCAAAGUUUCAACAAAUUCUACGAGAGCGUUUUCGAAAUAUUUUGACACGCAGUUUUAACAAUCAUAAAAACAGUGAAAUAGCAUGCUAUCCAUACAAUUCGCUAAUAUUUUAAGAAACUGAUAAUGUUUGGAAACGCAGCUUCAUCCCAUAGUGGUUUGAUUCCAUUGAAAACUGCAUACAAAAAAGAGGGGAAUUGCUCUGAGCGAUCGCGAGUAAGAAGAAUUUUAUUGACUUGCAUUCAUCUGCUUUUGUUAUAGUUUUUGGACGUAAUUUGGUCCAUGCCAACAAAUUUCGCAUUUUUCAAAAAACCGCUCGAUAAAUUUUUUUAUAAGUUCGACAAUGUGGAGACCAAUUGUCAAUAAAUAUUCCCUGCAAGUUUCAAGAACAUUGAAAACAGGGAAGGCUUUUAAAUAGGGCCUCAAAUAUAACCACUUUUUCCCCCAGAUUUUGUGUUUACAACUGAGCGUCCUCAUUAUUCACUGGCAUUGUUUUCAAGUUUCAUAUGCACGUGCACAACUAGCAAAAGAUAUAAAUUUGCAUCAAAAAGAACUCUCGAUUACUUUCCAAAGAAAUACUCGGAAUAUGCUAAUAAUUGGCUUGUGUCACCGACAGCAGUGAGAGCCGAAACGAUGGACGUCACUGCUCAUCGUGUAGGAUGCAAUACUUAAUUAUGUUACUCGAGUUAUAACAUCACAGGAACUCUUACAAAGAAUUGCUCUGAUGUUAUAAUGUAUCACUAAUCUCUUUACCCGGUAAUUAGCAUAUUCCGGAGAUAUAACCGAGGGUCCUUUUUUAUGCAAAUUCUAUCUUUUUGCUAAAUGUGCACGUGUAUAUGAAACUUGAAAACAAUGCCAGUAAAUAAUGAGGACGCUCACUUGUAAACACAAAAUCUGGGGGAAAAAGUGGUUAUAUUUGAGGCCCUAUUUAAAAGCCUUCCCUGUUUUCAAUGUUCUUGAAACUUGCAGGGAAUAUUUAUUGACAAUUGGUCUCUAGAUUGUCGAAUUUAUAAAGAAAUUUAUCGAGCGGUUUUUUGAAAAAUGCGAAGUUUGUAGGCAUGGACCAAAUUACGUCCAAAAACUAUAACAAAAGCAGCUGAAUGCAAGUCAAUAAAAUUCUUCUUACUCGCGAUCGCUCAGAGCAAUUUCCCUCUUUUUUUGAAUGCAGUUUUCAAUGGAAUCAAACCACUAUGGGAUGAAGCUGCGUUUCCAAACAUUAUCAGUUUCUUAAAAUAUUAGCGAAUUGUAUGGAUAGCAUGCUAUUUCACUGUUUUUAUGAUUGUUAAAACUGCGUGUCAAAAUAUUUCGAAAACGCUCUCGUAGAAUUUGUUGAAACUUUGCCAUAAUGGAGGCAAUUAUGGCAGGUACAUACUCCGUUAAGCGAUUUCUUCAAAACACUCCUGGUACAGAGAAACACAAAGAUAAAUAAAAAGCGUAAUGGCGUCAUUACGUUGCCAUGGUGACUCCGAUUGCAAUAAAACCCAGAUCAUAAGAAAUUUUCAUCUUUAUAUAAUACAGUUGUGGUAACCUUUUUCCCAUAUGUUUACUCAUGCCGACGUAGUUAAAGCUCCAACGUGGGAGGUAUCCCCCCAAAAAAAUCCAGUCGAGCCACCUUAAGUCAAACUGCUUGUAAAGUACGUUGUAAUAAUUUGUACAUUGGGUUCGGCACAUGAAAGUUCGGCGUCUGAAUCAAAGCCGGCCCAGUCGCUCUAAAGUCGAAAUGUGGCUUUCGCAAAGCGCCCCUUUCUGGUUUUUCAUGCUCAAAGGUAUAACCUGCUGAUAGGAACUCUGUUACAGUAUUGCUAAGUCCGAUUUUGACACGAUCGUGUGGAAAAAAAAAUCAUUCAAUCAGACAAUCAUUUCGGGCAACUUGCCACACUUCGUCUCCGACGACGUUUCGAUCUUCCACAGCUGAUUUUAUAGCUAAAUAAUUUACAACCCAACGUCUUAAGAAAGUUGAUCAAUAUAGGUUUUAUUUGGUCACUCAACAUGAGAGUAGCCUUGCCUUGGAACCCAGAGAAGUAAGUCACUCUGUGAUUCAUUCUUGCUUCGUCAGCAGUGAUCAAGAAUGGAAGCACCCUUGUGAAAGGCGGGUUUUUAGGGCGAUCGGAUAGAACUUUAAGUCUAUUUAUGAGCUGGUUUCCCUAUAAUCGUCCAUUUGCCUCGAUCUUCUUAUUCAUACCAAGAAAAAAAUUUAAAGCGCUUCAGACGACUGUAUAAAAACCAGGCUUAAUAGUUUAGAAUUAAUAAUGGUUGGCAUAGCAUCAAUAUUAGAGACCAUUAGAUUCGAGGACGAGGACGACUACGACUACGAGAUUUGACUUGAAGUUUUUUCGCGUCUUCUCAAAAUAUAGACUUCCCAGAAAGUUUCAUUUUACCAUUUUUCACUAGAAAAGUUAGCACCGUUAUCUUUAGUGAAGGAGGUUACGCGCUCGAUCGCAAAAUGAUAAAACUUCUAACAUUUGACACUGAUUUGAUAUCUUGUUUUCGCCACCACGACAUUCGCGCGAAAACUCGCAGUAGGAUGACGACGGCUACCACGUUUUCCCGCCAAAAUCUAAAGCUUUCUAUUAUUUACAGAUCCAAACUUAAAAAGGAACUACAAGAAGCAAAGGAGGCCUCCCGGGAAUAUCAACGAAAGCUUGCCCAUCAGUCUGCGGUAGGUUAAACAUUGAUCAAAGUUUUAUACCUAAAUUAUCUAUUUUCUUUCUUUUUCUUUCCUUUUUUUUCUACGAAGAAUAGCCUAACUUGGAAAGUGAAAUAUGAAAAUAAAACUUUAGAAAAUCGUAUGGAUUUAUUAGAUAAGCUUCGAAAUUUGUAGGUCAUCUAGAACUCUUUAGCCGUCCUCAAGUAAUCGGAAAUUUUUAGGCGAUAUUUGCUUCUCCCAACAGAUAUUUUACAGGGAGAAAAUACUCGUUUGGUUCCUCUGAGUCUCCCUUGGCAAGUGCGUUUUGUUUUUCACAGAGUAGGUCUUCUGAUAAUACUUGAGAGAUCUGUUUCUUAGGGCUUGAUCAUAUGAGAUGGGCCGGACGGAUUUUCUGGACUCGUUAGCUUUGUCGAGAUGGCUUUAAUCCCAGUAUUACGCCAUCUUAAGGUGAUUCCCUAGUUUUGCACUACGCGUCUCUUACUGCGUAUAACGAGAUGGCCGCCGUAAAAAAACGGAUGUGAAGUAAUAUUAUUAAAAUGGAGUUGACUGAAAAGAAACGCUAUUGGAAUUUUUGCUUGCUGUUGUUUCUUGCCGAGGUGAGACUCAAUGUGUUGGGAAUGUGCAUAACGUAAGCAGUACGCGUGUUGCUGAGUUCGACCUCCUCUCGGAGAACCUCGAUAGUGGAUGUUUAACUUGUGCUUACUCACUUUGAUUUUCAUUUAAACACUUUCUUUAUCACAUUGUGUCCUAAAUGUGAUAUCUCGAUGUAAAUUCUGUAAAAACGGAUUUUUUAAUACUUUCUUCCCCCUUUCACAUACAUUCUAUUUUGAAACUCGCCCCAGUCCUCUCUCAAAAAUCGGAGAAAAUGCGUUUGGUGCGCACUUUCUGCAGCUCUACCGCAAAAACGAGUACGGUGACCCCCAUUUUUUAUUUCAUGAUUUUAAUAAGGACAGUGCUUUCUUUAGAUGAGAAAAAAAUUGGCACAAAUCUAUGUUCAGUUUUUUGGCAAUUUUACUAAAUUGUACGGAUUGAGCCAUCACUGGUCGAAAAGCGCGCGUCCAAUUUUAUUCUACUUUGGAGCGUAAAGUAAAAACAAGGGCAUUAAAAGGCAUUUUUCUGGUACGUAAGUGGAUUAACAAUACAUUAAAGUCAAAUUCUGUGUGAUGUCACAUGCAUCAUCGAAAAAAUCUCUCCUUUUUGUCUAGUUUUGCGCUGCCCGCGGUUUUUGUAAAAGGGUCCUAAAUAACCGUAUUUGUCAGCAUUGUGACGUCAAAACGAGCACGGUGACCCCCACUUUUUAUUACGUUUUUAUCAUCUUCUUGACUUGUUACAUCAGUGUACCAAGUUUUAGCUAAAAUCUAUGUUAGGUUCUUUUACUAUGGAAUCACCUUAAUACCGGGAUUCCAGCUAACUGGGCUGGAUGGGUUGUCAUGUAAUCACAAAGUUAAGAUUUGUUGCGUUUAGUUGACGCGCAGCGAUCUUGGAAAGAAAGCCAAGCUGACAAACCCGGCUAGCCCUUAUUCACCUUCACGCCUACAAAUCUAUGAGAAGGAAAGGACAAAUUUCCUUGUGGACAUCACGUGAGAGUUAAGAGGCUUCAAUGAUUUGUAUACCUUUGGCCAUGUUUCUGUUACCCACACAUUGUGCUAAGGGUCAUGUGUUUGUAUCAAAGAGUGACGAGGGUCUCUGAAUCAAAGGGGGUAGCCUUUGCUUUAUACAGCUAUUAACAGUGUGUGUCGACACAGACCAGGGGCCUGUUUCUCGAAAGUCCCGGUAACUUUUCGGGCCCGGAAAGCUGUUUAGUGUUUGUUAUGUUUGCAUUCAAGAUCAAAGUUUCAAUAAUUUUGAAAAUAAUACAAUGACACUAUCAGUUAACGAAGAAAAAUUAACUGGUUUGCGGGCUAGGAACUGUGCUGUUACUAUUCAACGGGUUUUGAUUUUAAAAUUUGCCUUUACGCCCGAACAGUUUCCGGAUCUUUCGAGAAACGGGCCUCAGCACCUCCAAAUUCCCCAUCAUAGUCGAAAUAGAGGAAAACCAAGAACUGCUCAGCUAUAAAUUAGUGUGUUUGUCACCUCAUGUUAAAGGAACUGAUUUCUGCUAACGGCGAGAGGCAUCGUUUGUAUGAAGAGAACAAUAACUUGGAUCUACGUUUAAAGGAGCUCAGUGCAGAAUACACCAACAGAUUACAGCAAUACAUUCAUGAUAUAGCGGUAAGAUUCAUCUCUUAACACAGGUUCUUUCUUGUUAAGAAGCAUUGUUCCUAUUGGGAGGGGAGAUGCUAGUAGAAUGAAAAGUCAUUUUCUAAACCGAAAAGUUGAAUUGAACCUUACUAGUUUUUUUUAUUCGUGGUAUGUAAGUAUGCGUGAGGUCAAGAUGGCUUAAUAUUGGCCAAAUGCCUUUUUUUGCGUUUUUAUGAACCUUGACGAAGUCGAGGCCAGUAGAAACGCACAAACGGACGAGGCCAAUUUUCGGCCAUUUUGACCGAACAAGCUAGGUCGAUAAAGGAAUAUUGUAAGGUCAAAAAGAGAACUUUUUACUUUUUACCCUCUCGGGUAACCAAUAGGACACAGGAGUCACCUUUCCUUCCCCGCUCGCGGAAUUGUUCUAUGUAAUAUCAACCUUAUUUCGCAGUUAACUUUCCUUCGCAAAUUUAUCUUAAGGUAUUCUGUGGACAAGCCAGUCAAAAGCAGCUCUCUGUGGGGUCAUUACAAUCUUACAUAGAUGUCAUGGUAAGACAAAUAAGAGAAUCGCACGAGAAAAAGGAAGAAGCUUUGGAAACCAGAAUACGAGAACUAAAAGCUGUAGUCAAGGAAAUGGUACAGAAAAAUGAGAAACUCUCGUCGGCCUACAGGUUUGUGAAGUUCUCGCCCCGUUUUUUCAAACGUUCGUUUGAGCUAUCGGCGAGAUAAACAGCUAUCCCGUGGUUAAGUAUCAGCGAAACUCAUGCUUUUUAAAACCACCGAACAGAGAUUUAUUCGCUAGAUAACGUUAUCCACCUUUUGAAAAACGGAGGCCGGCUGGCUUGCAAAGUGUGUCCUAAGGGAAUAUUGUUCUUGGGUGUCGUGAAACGUCACCUAAAGCAUGAAACGGGCGCCAAAGUCCGAAAACUCCAGCGUGACUGGUUUUAUUAAUGCAUGUUUUUAAUUAGCCUGGAGUGAAAUCAUCAAAUCCGAGAAUCUAUGACCCGUUUGGUUACCAGUCCAGAUGCUCUACCAUUGAGCUACAGGAAACAAGAGGAAACUUAGGCCACUGAGAUUCCUGCCCCCAACCUCCACCCUCCACCCUCCACCCUCCCUUUACCAAAUUUAACACUGACUUCUCACUGAGUACAAACUAUUGGGUGAAGGGAAGGGUACGUGCGCGGCAGUUCACUAACAAUAUUUACAUUCGACCUCUGUUAGAAGGCUUGUUUCCUGUCAAAUGUACUUUUGCAUGCCAGUCAUCUUAACACAGUGUUCUCUAUUUUUUUUUUUAGCAUGCACUCCUUUGAUUAAUGGAUCCUUUUGUGCAUGGAUGUUAUUGUGUUGCAUCAUUUGUUUACCUCCUCUCUUUCUUUAUUAUUAUCAGAAUAAUGAGAUUUGACAUGGAAAGCAAAGAAGGACGGGACGUUUCACAGGCAGACCAACCUGAUUUGUUCCUGCCGUCUGAGAGUGAAUUGCAAAUGGCACAGGUUGGUGAUGUAUUCGAUUACAUACAUAUAAUGACCGGCGGGAUAGAAAGGCAUCGGAAGUGCGAUUACACGCGAGAUAGGUGCCUAAAUCAUGCUCAGUAAAUUGGGUGUACUUCCGUUAAGGUUGGAACACACAAGGCGACAUCAAGCUGCAACACGUCGCGGGGACGAAUAACAAAUAAAGUACAGGUCAGGCGGCAAGUUGCUGCAAUAGGUCACGGCUGCACGUUGCAGCAACAAAUCGCUUUUCUGUCUUUGAAAACAUAGAAGAAGCUCUGCUCUUGCUCUUUGUGUGUAUAUUCUCUAGCUUUUAGAUUUACCAACAGACAUUAGCAAUUGUAGGUACUCUAUAGUCAGCCGGCAGCUUUUAGCAAAAAGGUCUCUUGUAUUUUACUUAACAGAGUCGUGAAAUUGCGAAACUUCACUCUGAUCUUAGAGAAUUACAACAGAAAAACCAAGAUCUCAAGCUAAAGGUAAAAUCAUUGAAUGUGUAAUAGGCCCCAUCCCUCAAAUAAACGCCUCCUUGCGCUUUCAAGUUUGUGUUAGACGCCCCUCUCAGCUAAUGAACGCCCCCUGCCUAAUAGACACCCCGCAUGACAAUUACUUUAAAAUACUACAAAAAGAAUAAAAAGGAGCCAAAUUGAUCAAUUUAUUUCGUUUCUUGCUUGAUUAAUAAAGCUUUGUUGUUGCAUCUUGUUCAGUUUCAAGUUCAAAGCAAGAAUUUUGACGUCAAAAUCAGUAUUUACGUAUUGAUUGCACGAUUCUUUCUCAGUUGGCUGCUGGUGCGUCACACUCUUCUUCAAACGAGCAGGACAAAGAUCAACAGUAAGCCACGUUUCACGUUUGCGUACUGCACGGUUUGAAUCAGCAAGACGUUCGGCAUAACUAAAGCCAAAAGGAAAUCUUAAGUACGACCUUUUUCUAUUCUUUGGGUGAAAAAGGCAAACAGCUUUACAGUUCGACUGCUUGUCGGUAAUCAAGUCAGAGUUAAACCACACUCAACCCUUUUGGCUAUUUUUCCACUCCUAAACAAAAUAUUGGAAAAAGAGACAGUAAGCAAAAUAUCCUGUUGAGAGUGUACAUUACAGUACAAUGGAACCCGGUUGAUACGGACAGCGACGGGACAUGCCAUAGUGUCCGUAUUGACCGGGUGUCCGUAGUAAGCAGGUUAAUUUGAGAGAAGAUAUUUGAGCUUUUUUUCGUCGGGACAAACGAAACUACCCGUUAUAUACGGGUGUCCGUAGAGCGUGGUUCCACUGUACCAAGUUUGUCAACAACUACAUUAGGGAGAAUGUGCCAUCGUAACAAAAUUUUAGUAAUCAACUUUAAAACGUUUAUCAUUUCUAGGAAAGUAUCAACACAAAACAUUGAAUAAGAAACUAAAUUUGCCUUCGGUUCUUUCAGUUCGUUGCCUGCCGGACAAGCCACUGUGGAGAUGGGUUGGGGAUACCUCAGGAAACAGCUCCGAGAGUUUACUUUAAAUACCCAGGUACUAUAGUUCUUUCCUGACGAAUGUCUUUAAUGGUUUCUUGGAAAAGUCGAUGCCUUGUCUCGUUUUUGUCUCCAAGGUAUCAAUCGCAUGUUUUUCCAUACUUAGUAUAGUAGGGUUAGGGAACGUUAGCUACGACGACGUCGGCAGCAAUGGGAAAAGCAAAUAGGUUUAAUAGGCAAAACAACAGGCGUUUUGGUACAUUUCGUUGUUACCUUUGCACGACUUCGCCGUGAAUGACGCAAGCACAAGACGACGAACUGUUCUUUUUCGCGUUUUCACUCACGUGGCCAGCAUCUAUGCAGAUUUUUUGGAACAAAAGAAAGCGUUUGCAUAAGAUCUUCAAUCUUCAACUCGCACAGGAUUUGUUUGGGACCUUAACAUAGCCACUGUUUCAUUGUUUUGGAACACCAGCAUGGCCGCAUUAAAGUCAUGUGAAAACCCUCAAUAAUUUCCCAGUUCAUUGUAGAAACUAUAGGAGGAUCCCCUAGAGUGGCAUAGCAUGAAGGUUGAGGAAAUGAUUGAAUAAAGGUGUCUUUGCAUUUCUUUAACAAACAGCAAGAGCUUGAAAGUGAGCGUGCGAACUUGAUGACCCGCUGUAUCAUGGCUGAAGAACAACAAGCACGGCUUGAGCACUACAUCGACACAAAUCUUAAAAGGUGAUGACACACUGAGCUCCUGGGACUCUCUCAUGAACUCUCGUAAGUGACCGCCUGGUAAAACAAUAGAGGGCGGUCGCUUACGAGAGUUUCAAGAGCUCAUUAAUAAUUCAUAAAUUUGAUAUAGACAAAGGGCACCCACACAAUAUGUGUGUGUUACCGAUUGUUUAUUAAUAGUAAAUCUACUGGAUUUACCGUCUGCUUGACCUAUAGCGAUACAUUGCUAAGUAGGUAUAUAGAUCAGUGUUAAAUAAACUUUGAAUUACCUUACCUGUGGUAUAUAGCUGUAUAUAGGCGUCCUUUUGCCUCUAAAGCGGUUUUUUGAGCGAUUUUGAAGGAUUCUGAAUUCACCGUUUACUGUUCCUUCUAUUAUUAGGAACAUUAAACGGCGAACUCAAAAUCCUUUAUCAUCGAAACGUUAGCGCAAUGUGCAGUUUCAGUGUUGAUUUAUGUGAAUAAGACUAUGAGUAGUCGCUUACUGGAGCGGUUCCUUGCGCGAGCUUUUCAUUGCAAAGUCAAAGUUCAAACGGGGUUUCACAAAGGUCGUCGUAACUACAGCUGGUCGCUUACGAGAGUGGUUGCAAGGAGAGCUUUGAUUGUAUGAACGCUUGCUAAAGUUGACUCGCCUGAGAGUGUCACCUACUCGAGAAAGAUUUCUCCAACUUAAAGAGCCCUAAGAACUCAUCACAAAUUGUAGUUUUAAGUGGUCGUUAUCUACAAUUAUUGGUGCAAUGUUGCAUAAAGAACUUUGUUUGCUCUUUUUUACUUGCAAACAUGAUUGCCUUAUAUUUUAUUAUAGAUACCAAGAAGAAAUAGUUCGCCUGCGGGGAUUACUUGGAAAUACCGCCCGUGGUACACAUGCACGACGAUAGCAUUUCGGACGAGUUAGGCCCUGUUUACAAGGAGGGACUCACAUAUUUCUUCUUUUUUCACACGAUGUGUUUACAAGGCAGGUAGGGUUACCCUAGUGGUAGGGUAACCCUACCUGAGUGCUAGGGUUACCAGGGUUUGCAAAUUUUAUUGAUGAGUGGAGUCACUGUGACUUCUGCUUCACAAAUUUUGGAGUCAUUUUGGAAUAUUUGGAGUCAAUUAUCACUACGAAAAAAGCCAUUUUCAGACUUUCCAGCACGUGGUCCUGGCAUGUAUACACUAUCGUUAAGGAUACAUGAAGUAGCUGUUGCGGUCCUCUGACCUGGAAAGCUCAAAUCCAUGAUGGUGGUCAUCGAAGUAAACUUUGAUCGUAAUUUACCUGUUUUGUCAUGCAGUAUAAUAUAUAAAUGAUGAUUUAAUUAAGGUUUACAACGUUUACAAUUAACGUAAAU